AUGAACAGCCCUUUAGGACCGACUGUGGCACUUGUUGUGAAAUUUGUUCGAUUUGAGGAUCGUAAAUUAGCGGUGUGUCGAAUUUUCAGCGGACAGAUCACUGCGGGUGCGAUUUUGUACGUGCUAGGACGAAAGGUAUAUUUGGCAGUUUUCAAGAAAGCUCAAUCGCUAGUAAAUCUUUUCUUCAAGGCCAGGAAAGACGGUUCCGAGGCACCGAAGGCCACUGUAGAGAGUGUGUGGGCGUUACGAGGUCGAGACGUAAUUCCUUUGGAGAAAGCUACAGCAGGAGUGAUCUGUGCCAUUGAUGCUCAGGGUCUCGUACAGAACUCCACUCUGUGCUCGGAAGCCGUUAGCGAAGGUUUGGAUGUUGGAUUGAAGCAAGGAGAACCGUUAGUUCAGGGUAUCGGUAAACACGGCAAAUCUGGACGAUAUGGACCGGUUGAAAGAAGAUUUAAAAGUUCUUUCGGUGCUGGAUCCAAGUCUUCGAGUAAGAGUUUUUGA